GUUUUACAGAAAUAUACUAAAUUCAAAAUAUUUAUUCGUUACAGUAUAUUUACAAAUUUGAUAAUUAUGUUCGGCUUUGGGUUUAUAACAAGGUAUUUGGAUCGCAAAAAAAAAGCAGUGAAUAAUAAAGUUCGUAACAUAACUUUACGAGCUAUGCUAGCUGCAUAUCAAGGAUCUAUAUUUUGGAUGUCAGUGGUUACUGUAUUUUGGAUAUCCCUUUUUUUAUAUGUUGCUUUUUAUACUGCAUAUAUGCCUUCUUUAGUGUAUACUCGUCCAGUGCACAUGCAGUAUAAACCGUGUUACAAUGAUAAAGGCUUGUGCGAUUAUCCAUCGGCUCAUGUUAGAUUACCUACAAAGGGCAGUUUAAUGAUGGUUGGUCAAAAGUAUCAAAUGUUAAUCAAGUUAGAUUUACCAGAGUCUCCAGUAAAUGAGAGAGUAGGUAUGUUUAUGGUGUGUGCUCGCUUAGCUGAUAAACAUGGACAAUUAAUUUCUUCAUCAUGUAGAUCAGCUCGAUUACGUUAUGUUAGUACUAUCUUACGCACUGUACGUACCGUUUUAAUGGCACCACUCUUUUUAUCUGGAAUAGCAGAAGAAAAACAGUUCAUGGAACUAGAAAUGUAUACUGAAUUUGUAGAAGAUCAGCUUCAUCCAAUCACAGAUGUGCAUUUUGAAGUUCUUAAUCAUGAUGUUCAAAUUUAUUCUGCUAGUAUGACAGUUCUAGCACGGCUAAGUGGAUUGAGGUAUUUAAUGUUCCAUUGGCCAAUACUUUCUGCAUGUGUGGGAAUAGGUACCAAUCUGUUAUUUGCUAUAGCUGUAUUUGCAUUAUCCUGGCGUCAUCUUUGUGGUUCAGAAGUUUGUGCAAAUGAAAAAAAUGAUUCAAUAACAUUUGGAUUAAUGGGUAGACAAGACUCAUCUUUAGAUGAUUCAUUAGAAGAAAGUUCUAAUAGUAGUGAUAAUGGAUCUAUUGAAGAUAACUCAAUGAAAAUAAAAAAUUCUGGUUUCACUGUUUCAGAUAUAAUGAUAGCUGAACAAUAGAGUUAUUUUGUAGAAAUGUAUAAAUUUUAUAAUUUUUUUAUGGUAGAAUGUUUUAGAGGUGUGCUAUUACAGUACUUUUUUUUUUUUUUUGUGAAAUAUUAUUAAUAUGCUUGAAUGAGUUACCCAAAUUAUUUAAUUAUGUUAUUAAUUGAACUAGAUCAUCAACAUACUGUAUUAUUAUGUACUUAUUUUAUGUUAUAAAAUCUUUCAUUAAUUUGUUAAAAUAAUAAUAUUGUAUAUUUUUUCACGGGGGGAUUCAAAAUAGAAACUAUUGUAUGAAAAGUUAA